CCUCCUCUCCUCCUCUCCUCCACUCCUACACUCCAGCUCUUCCAUUCACAGAGAGAGGAGUUCAGCCUAGCCCCAGGACACAGAUCUGCGCCCUACAUGCCCCGGACUUUACCUUCAUCUCGUCCUGAACAAAGAGAGAGCCCACCUCGCCCUCCAAGGGGAACAGGGAUCUGCUCUCACGACUUAAUCUUCCUUUAUUCUACUGCUUUUCUACUGCUAUUCUACUUCUCUUUUAACGUUUCACUUUUUUUAUGUUCCUUGGACGAUCCUCUGAUAAAGAGAGAGCUUUUUUUUUUUCCUCCUCCGUUGAGAAAAAUGCGUUGCGCUACUUUGCCCGGUCCCGUGAUGAGGUGUCUCUGGACCUGACAGCUCGCGAGGCGUUUCAGGAUUUGGCCGAUGGUCCCGUAGCAGGACGCUGAGACGAGCGAGCCGAGGACCUUCCACCCUCACCGCGUCCAGCCCGACGGAGACGCAGCGCUUCUAGACCUCCACAGAGAACCAGGGCUGUUUGCUUUUCCAUUCGGGACAGACAAGACAGGUAGAGAGAGAGAGAGAGAGAGAGAGAGAGAGAGAGAGAGAGAGAGAGAGAGAGAGAGAGAGAGGGAGAGGGAGAGAGAGAGAGAGAGAGAGAGAGAGAGAGAGAGAGAGAGAGAGAGAGAGAGAGAGAGAGAUACCUGGAACAACAAGGGCAGCUGAGGUUAAAAGGCAGACAGGUGUCCUGUAGAAGUCGUCCAGCCGCUCAGAGGUCCUGAUCAGCCAGGACCGUCUGGACCUCGGGCCGUCGGGCGGACUGCUCCCUGGCUGCUCCCUGACGCCUCCCCCCCCCCCGUCCCGGAGCCCAGCGGGCCAUGGGGACGGACAUGCGCGACCUGAACACCCUGCUGCCCCCCAUGCCGGCCCUGUCCUCGGGCCCCAGCCCCGGGUGCCCCUCGCUGCCCGUCAGCACGGCCCCGCAGUGGGCCCCCGUCCUGGACUUCCACCCGGCCGCCUCCCCGUACUCCUCCCUGGGGCCCGCCCACACCUCGCUGGCCCCCCACCACUCCUACAUCAAGCAGGAGCCCAGCUGGGGGGCCCCGGGGGACCCCCACCACCACGAGGCCGACCCCCACUGCGGCCUGAGCGCCUUCACCGUGCACUUCUCGGGCCAGUUCACGGGCACCGGGGCCUGCCGCUACGGGACGGCCUUCGGGGCCCCCCCGGUGCCGCCGCCCCCGGCCCCCAGCCAGCCGCCCUCGGUGAGCAGCGGGCACCACCACCACCAGCCCCCCCCCAGGAUCUUCAGCAACCCCACCUACCUGCCCAACUGCAUGGACACGCAGGCAGCCGCACGCAGCCAGACAGGAUACGGACCCAUGGCGUACGACGGUGCCGGUAACUACGGCCACACGCCAACCCAUCACUCCCAGUUCAACCACUCUUUCAAACACGAAGACGCCCUCGCCCAGCAGAGCACUAUGGGGGAGCAGCAGUAUCCAGUCCCCCCUCCGGUGUAUGGAUGCCACACCCCUUCAGACAGCUGUACAGGCAGCCAAGCACUGCUCCUGAGAAGCCCGUAUAACAGCGGAGACAAUGUUUAUCACUUGGCAUCUCAGCUGGAGUGCGUCGCGUGGAACCCAGUUAAUACGCUGUCCGCCAUCAAGAGCCAUGCAGCGGGCUACGAGAGUGACCCCAACAGCCCGAUGGUGUACAGCUGCAGCACGCAGUACCGCAUCCACACACACGGAGUCUUCAGAGGCAUACAGGAUGUGCGCCGCGUCCCAGGCCUCGCCCCGGCCAUCGUGCGGUCCGAGGCCAGUGAGAAGCGGCCCUUCAUGUGUGCGUACCCCGGCUGCAACAAGCGCUACUUCAAGCUGUCCCACCUCCAGAUGCACAGCCGCAAGCACACAGGAGAGAAGCCCUACCAGUGUGACUUCACAGACUGCGGGCGAAGGUUCUCUCGAUCCGACCAGCUCAAGAGACACCAGCGGAGACACACAGGCGUUAAACCGUUCCAAUGCGAGACGUGUGAGAGAAAGUUCUCUCGGUCUGAUCACCUUAAGACACACACCCGGACUCAUACAGGUAAAACAAGUGAGAAGCCAUUCAACUGCCGUUGGCCCAACUGCCAGAAGAAGUUUGCCAGGUCUGAUGAGCUGGUGCGACACCACAACAUGCACCAGAGAAACCUCAGCAAGCUCCAGCUGGCCAUCUGAAGAUGUUAGGUUCUAAUAAAUGUAGCUUUGAAUACAUUUAGAUUCAAAUGCGUGAGUCCGAUUUAAUGGAGUAGGUUGGAAGAUUUGAAACGUCUCGAUGUAAGAAAGGAAAAGUGAAAGGUGAUCUUUUUUUAUUUCACUCCUCGUUUUAUUUCCUGGACUGACAAAACCUCCCAGAAAAACACACACAAUCAAACUAAUUAAAAAACAUAUAUGUCAAUCAUCUCAAAUUUUUUCAAAUGAUCUAAAACAAUGAGUCAGAAAAUAGCCUCAUCUGUAAUUCCCUCUACUCUACUCAACUCAAAACUGCAGUAUCUCCCUGACAACCCUACUUGUCAAUCAAUUAAGGUGGUAAGGCGGUUGUCUGAGCUGGUCGUUCAUUUACAUUGAAGGCCCAGAUUAACCGGCAUCUUGUCAUUCCCAGCACAUGCUAAAUGCAUCCAUUGAAGUCUGAUUUGAAUAAGGAAACAUGAUUUAGUUUUUCUUUAAAUAGUGGCUGGUGUAAAUAUGUUGAUGGCAUCUCUGGAUUGAAAUACUUUGAGAAUUGUCCUUAUUUAUUAUCUUCAUUUUGUUUUUGUGAAUAAAUAAUUAUUUCACUGGAAUCAUUUUCGCAGGGUGGGAGGAAAGAAAGAAUGCUGAAAUUUUAGUUUGCAAAUCUCAUUGCUGUCUUCCUGUAUGUGACAGAUCUGUGGCUGUUGUCUUUCACUAUUGUCGUUGUGGCUGUACCGGUUAAGAUAAUGUCGCCAUAUUUCUGACCAUAAAUACGACAAAUCUGACCAGACAUGAAUGUCACGUAUUGCUUAUGUAACGUUUGGGUGUAGUGUGAGAGGCAAGCGGUCGGCCAGCCUAAGAGGGCUGUUUGUCCCGUUCUUUUUCGGUUUAAAAAGAAAAUAUUGUUCAUUCUUUUUUCAUAAUCCGUUUUGUUCUUGGGUCCCAGAGGCGGAGGGAACAGUGUGUGGGCGCUGCCCUCGCUGAGUGCGCGUGUGGACAGCCUGACGCGGACCUCUGAAGCUGUAGAGUAAAAGCCUCCUGGGUCACUGUGACUUUGUGGUCAAGUUGUAAAUAAUAAAGUCUUUCACCAUGGGAGCUGUUUCCCCGGGCGGAGGGAGAGGUGCACUCAUUAAAACUGGUGGAUUCAAGAACUUUUGUUGACUUGAUUUUGUCAUUCUUUUUGUAAAAUGUCAUAAAAAAAUGCAAAUCACUGAA